CAAAAUUUGGAUGCAAUCAUGCCGCUUUGGGCGUUUUGGUUCAAGCUUCACUUGCAGCAUUACGGUAGACAACAAGCACAAAACAUGGCCGACCAGCUGUCUGAGGAACAAAUCGCGGAGUUUCUGGAAGCUUGGGAACUUUGUGGUAGAGAGCGGACGCAGGAAGAGAUGGAAGAACUUGAGGAGUGGAAGGCACGUUGCGACCAGCUUCGCAUGGCUUGGAGCGAGGAGGAUGCGACCGUGCAGGCGCUACGAGGCGCACGAGGUCAUGGCGCAGCAUUGCUGGGAGAAUCUGAGGAUGGCCCAGUCUUAGCACCAUUGGUGUCGAUGGAGGUGGAGCUGGAGAUCCUGGACAUUGCAGUGCUGGCCCGCUUCAGCCAGUGUUUCGUGAAUCCUACGGAGGUGGUGUUGGAGGUGACUUAUGCCUUCCCAGUCCUGCCCAGCGCCAGCGUCACCGGCUUGGACGCGCAGAUCGGCGCACGCCACGUUGUUGGCCGUGUUUUGGAGAAGCAAGAGGCGAGGCAGGAGUUUCAGAGUGCCAAGGCCGAGAGGAAGGCGGCGGUGCUCUUGGAGAAGGCCUCCGGCGAUCUCAUGAGGCUGAAACUGGGACGGCUCGGUCCCGGUGAAAUGGCGGUGGUGAAUCUCUCCUUGACCAUGGAGUUGCAGAAUCAGAAUGAUGGACAACUUCGAGUGGCCUUGCCGAUGAUUGUCGAUGCACGAUAUCCGCUGAAUGGCUCAGCGUCGGCACGAGAGGAGUUCAUGACUGCCAUGGAGGCGGCACAGGGUCCAGGCCUCGCUCGCUUCAGCUUCCAUGCACAGGCAAAGAUGCCCAAUGCACUGCUCAGCCUUUGGAGCCCGAGUCAUCCAGAGAUGCACUGCCAACUGGAGGGCCGUGAGGGCCGAUGCCAGUUGGCCAUGGAUGCCAUGCCCCAGAGUGAGUUGGUGUUGUCCAUGGCCAUGGCUGAACCCUUCGCUGCCCGCUGCUGGGUUCAGCCUACAGUUGAGGACGCAGGCCUGCUGUAUGCAGUGCUCUAUCCGGAGGAGAAGUCCUUGCAACAUCUAUGGCCUUCAACGGAGGAUCUACCCAAGGAGUUCGUUUUUCUACUGGAUCGCUCCGGCUCCAUGCAGGGCGCCGCCAUCUCCGCUGCCCGAUCAGCUUUACAGCUCUUCCUGAGGAGCCUUCCAGUGGGCUGUCGCUUUGACAUUAUUGGCUUUGGAAGCUCCUGGAGAUCUUUGUUCGACCGCAGUGUGGCUUACAAUGCCAAGUCCUUGGAGAAGGCCAGCCAGCACGUGAAGUCGGUGCAAGCAGACAUGGGAGGCACCGAGCUCUUGCGCCCGCUGCAACACUUGAAUGAGCGCCCCGUGCCCGAGGGCUUCCAGCGGCGUGUGAUUUUGCUCACCGAUGGGCAAGUGUCCAACAUCGGGUCGGUCAUGGAGUUGGUCUCUGCACUGCCCCAGACCAAUGUCUACAGUGUGGGCUUUGGUCGUGCCGUGUCCCACGCUCUGGUCGAGGGCGUGGCGCAGCACGGCCGUGGCGCCGCCGAGUUUGUGGUGGACACCAGUGAGAUGGAGACGACUGUGCUGAGACAACUCAGACGUGCCAUGCGUCCAAGCCCUCCGCAAUUGGUCCAGGUGGAUUGGGCAGGGCAGCUACAGGAGAUUUCUCCCAGCGUCCUUUCUCGACGAGGACGCUGGCGAAGCCGUGAGGGCUUGUCCUGCUGCGGGGAAAGGGUGGUCUUGGCAGCUGUGAUGAAACAACGGCCGAGCUCAGGUGAUCAAUUGCAACUCCACUUUCAAAACAGCGACGGCCAGAGAGGCGUCCUGCAUAUUCCCGUUGAGGUGGUGGAGAGACCGACGGUCCUCCCUGGUGUGGUGGGGAAGGCGUUGAUCGACGAUGCCUUGAAAGAGCUGCCAAGAGCACCAGAGCCUGUGAAAUGCCAAGAACGCAUUGUUCGAUUAGGCCCAAUCGAUUAG